AUGGAGAGUCCGGAAUCCGUCUGCGAUCCUAAGGCCGUUGACUCCGACGCCCGCUUCAUGGCCCGGGAACGCCUUGAGGCCGGUUGGGACGAAGCGCCUUCCGAGCUGCUUGGGCGCGAGUGGGAAGAGCGAGCGGGGAUCGGGGCUUCGGGUGCCAGUUCCCUGGACGGGCCAGCCUUCCAGGCCGGUGAGCUGGGGAGGACGGAGCUGCCGGGGACAGAAGGGUCUCCGGGCUGGGCGGCUCCGCGCUCUCGGCCGGGCCUCCCCAGGCCGCCCUCCACCACCUCCUCCUUCUCCUCCGUCACCGCUCCCUGCCUCUCUUUGCUUGCAGAGCCGGCCUUCGGCGAGGUCAACCAGCUGGGCGGCGUCUUCGUGAACGGGCGCCCCUUGCCCAACGCGAUCCGGCUGCGCAUUGUGGAGCUAGCCCAGCUGGGCAUCCGGCCGUGCGACAUCAGCCGGCAGCUGCGCGUCUCCCACGGCUGCGUGAGCAAGAUCCUGGCGCGCUACAACGAGACGGGCUCCAUCCUGCCUGGGGCCAUCGGCGGCAGCAAGCCGCGGGUCACCACCCCCACGGUGGUGAAGCACAUCCGGACCUACAAACAGCGGGACCCCGGCAUCUUCGCCUGGGAGAUCCGCGACCGGCUGCUGGCCGACGGCGUGUGCGACAAGUACAACGUGCCCUCGGUUAGCUCCAUCAGUCGCAUCCUGCGCAACAAGAUCGGGAACCUCUCGCAGCAGGGCCACUACGACUCCUACAAGCAGCACCAGCCCGCCCCCCAGCCCGCCCUGCCCUACAACCACAUCUACUCCUACCCCAGCCCCAUCGCCGCGGCGGGGGCCAAAGUGCCCACCCCGCCGGGCAUGUCGGCCCUCCACGGCGCCGUCCACAUGCCUCGGACCUGGCCCUCCUCCCACUCCGUCACCGAUAUCCUGGGAAUCCGCUCCAUCACAGACCAAGUGAGCGACGGCUCGCCCUACCACAGCCCCAAGAUCGAGGAGUGGAGCAGCUUGAGCCGGAGCGGCUUCGCGGCCCCGCACGCGGCGGUCAACGGGCUGGAGAAGAGCUCGCUGGAGCAAGAGGCCAAGUACAGCCAGGCAGCAAGUGGUCUUCCGACAGUUGGCGGCUUUGUCUCAGCACCAACAAUGGCGCCUUACCCAACACCAGCGCAGGUUUCUCCUUACAUGGCAUACAGUGCUGCUCCUUCUGGCUAUGUAGCUGGGCAUGGCUGGCAGCAUGCUGGAGGCACCCCACUUUCACCUCACAACUGUGAUAUCCCUGCAUCACUGGCAUUCAAGGGCAUGCAGACAGCGAGAGAAGGUAGUCACUCUGUCGCAGCUUCCGCACUCUGA